AGGUUCAGAAGAAGGCUAAGUAACAUGUAAGAUCAAUAGUCUACCAACUACUUGGGAAGUUAAGACAGGAGGAUCACAGGUUCGAAGCCAUCCUGAGCAAUACGACUAAGAAAAUGGCUCUGUCAGCCCAGCAGAUACCCAGAUGGCUCAACUCAGUUAAAUUGGGUAGCUUCAUUAGUGCUGCACAACUCACAAAAGGUUUUCUGAGACCAGGAAAAACAUGGUCUCAUGGCUCUUCUGCUCUGCCUCAGAUGUCCUCUGAUGAUUGCUUUCUCCAGAGGGGAUUUAAGACUUACAGGACUUCCUCCUUAUGGAAUAGUUCCCAGUCUGCCAACUUAAGUAGGCAAGAGACUAAUUCUGCCCCAAGCACUGUGCUUCCCUCUGUGAAUGUGCAGUCACAGAAGACACAAAAGAUACCCAGCUGUGAACCGGAGCUGUCUCUGGAAGAACUGGAUGAUUUACCUCCAUUGUCUCCGUUGGAGCCAGUUUCUGAGGAGGAGGCUAUUAGGAUUAUUGCAGACCCUCCAUUGCCCCCAACGUCAUUCACACUUCGAGAUUAUGUAGAUCAUUCUGAGACUCUGAAGAAGUUAGUGCUUCUAGGAGUGGAUUUGUCCAAAAUAGAAAAACAUCCAGAUGCAGCCAACCUUCUUCUGAGACUGGAUUUUGCAAAAGACAUUAAGGAAAUACUCCUAUUUCUAAAAGAUUUGGGUAUAGAAGAUAAUCAACUGGGAACAUUCCUGACUAAAAAUUAUGCUAUUUUUUCUGAAGACCUUGAAAAUCUUAAGACCAGGGUGGCUUAUCUACAUUCAAAAAAAUUCAGUAAGGCAGAAGUUGCACAGAUGGUCAGAAAUGCACCAUUUUUGCUGAAUUUUUCCGUGGAAAGACUGGAUAACAGAUUGGGCUUUUUCCAGAAAGAACUUGAACUUAGCGUGAAGAAGACUAGAGAGCUGGUAGUUCGUCUCCCAAGGCUGCUAACUGGAAGUCUGGAGCCUGUGAAAGAAAAUAUGAAGGUUUAUCGUCUUGAACUUGGUUUUAAACAUAAUGAAAUUCAACAUAUGAUCACCAGAAUCCCAAAGAUGUUAACUGCAAAUAAAAGGAAACUUACGGAGACCUUUGAUUACGUGCACAACGUGAUGAGCAUUCCACAUCACAUCAUUGUCAAGUUUCCGCAGGUAUUUAAUACGAAGUUGUUUAAAAUCAAAGAAAGACACUUGUUUCUUACCUAUUUAGGGAGAGCACAGUAUGAUCCAGCAAAACCUAACUAUGUCUCUCUGGACAAGUUAGUAUCUAUUCCUGAUGAAAUAUUUUGUGAAGAGAUUGCAAAAGCCUCAGUACAGGAUUUUGAAAAAUUCUUAAAGACUCUUUAGUUUUUGAUGAAUGUUAAAAUGUCAUAUUAUAAAGUAAAUA